GGUAGUCAUUUUUUGCCCUAUAAAUACAAACCUCAGUGCCAUCCCAAACAAGAAUAAACCACAGCAUCAAAAGAAAAAAAAAAAAAAAAGACGGUUAUGUUCACAAAUUUUCACAUAAAAAAUUAGAAUCUCAUCACCCAACAACAUUCCAAAUUCCCAUAAACGAAAUAUGCUAGUUGACAGCUCUUCCCCUUGUAGCCAAACCGUCUGUAUCACCGGCGCUGGUGGCUUCAUCGCCUCCUGGAUGGUCAAGCUUCUUCUUGAAAAAGGUUACACUGUCAAAGGCACAGUAAGGAACCCAGAUGAUCCCAAGAAUGCUCAUCUGAGAGAGCUUGAAGGAGCAAAUGAGAGACUAACUCUUUACAGAGCUGAUCUUCUUGAUUACGAGUCUCUUGAAGAAGCCAUUAUUGGUUGUGAUGGAGUUUUCCACACAGCUUCACCUGUGACUGAUGAUCCUGAACAAAUGGUGGAGCCAGCCGUGAAUGGGACUAAGAAUGUGAUAAUGGCAGCGGCAGAGGCCAAGGUUCGACGGGUGGUGUUCACGUCUUCGAUUGCUGCAGUGUACAUGGACCCCAAUAGGAGUCCUGAUGUCGUGGUCGAUGAGUCCUGCUGGAGUGACCUGGAGUUCUGCCAGAAUACCAAGAAUUGGUAUUGUUACGGGAAGGCUGUGGCAGAGCAGGCAGCCUGGGAAACAGCCAAGGAAAGAGGCGUGGACCUUGUGGUGAUAGCCCCAGUUUUAGUUUUAGGUCCAUUGCUGCAAUCAACUGUAAAUGCUAGCAUUGUUCACAUCCUCAAGUACUUAACCGGCUCAGCAAAGACCUAUGCCAAUUCAGUUCAAGCCUAUGUUCAUGUUAGAGAUGUUGCCUUAGCGCACAUUCUUGUCUUUGAGAAUCCCUCUGCCUCAGGCCGAUACCUCUGCGCCGAGAGCGUUCUCCACCGUGGAGACGUGGUAGAGAUCAUAGCCAAGUUCUUUCCUGAGUAUCCCAUCCCUACCAGGUGCUCAGAUGAGAGGAACCCAAGAGCAAAACCCUACAAGUUCUCAAACCAAAAGCUCAAGGACUUGGGUUUGGAGUUCACACCUGUGAAGCAGUGCCUAUAUGAAACAGUCAAGAGCUUGCAAGAGAAAGGUCACCUAGCUAUACUAGCACAGCAAGGUGCUCAGAUGAGAGGAACCCUAGAGCAAAACCCUACAAGUUCUCAAACCAAAAGCUCAAGGACUUGGGUUUGGAGUUCACACCUGUGAAGCAGUGCCUAUAUGAAACAGUCAAGAGCUUGCAAGAGAAAGGUCACCUACCUAUACCAGCACAGCAAGACGAUCUACUUCGGAUUCACUCAGCUUUUUCGGAGAGUAUUUAUAGUAUAUACACCUACCUAGCCACCGUUGGCAACGGAACUGGACAUGCCCCCCUGGAAUGCUAGCAGUACUAUGUCAGUACUCAGUAGUAAUAAUAUAUAUUCAAGGAGAUGAUUAAUCAAGAAAGAAUGUCAAAGAUUAUUAUAUAUAUAAUCUCUUGAACAUUUCGAUCUUCUAAAUGAUCAAGUAAUUGAAUGAAAUAUAUGAAGCCAAUUAAUGUUCCUUUCUUUUAUUCACUAAAUUAGUAAAAUAAAUGAUGUUUUGAAGUUUCAGUUCUUUUUAUGUGGUUUCCAGCUAUUUUUCAAUUUUUUGACUACCUGUGAAUUAACUUAUCAAUUUUUGUUAUAGAUGAAAAUCUUCAAAAUAGCAAAAGUUUGUCUAACAGCAAUUUUUACUCCAUGGAGCAGAAAUGGACUUUUUGGGGUGAAUGGCAUGUCUAGGGUCAUGGUAGCAGAGCAGAGGAAGUUGUGAAGUCCUGAAUAAUUGAGAUUUGAUUUGAUUUGAUUUCAGCGUUCCACCGUUCUGUAACACUGAUUACAC